GUGUACCUUACAAAACUACAAAUACUGAUUUUUUUUUAAAAAAAAUAGCCCCAAACAGGACGCUUGAUUACCCGGAUGAGAGAUGGCUAUGGAGGGUGCAUCAUCUUUUCCGACUUGGGAAGAAAUUGAGCUUUCAGAAAGUUAUCUGGUGUGUUGUAUGUUCCAAGAAGCAGCAAUUUUGUCUUCCUCAAUUAUUGAGCAAUUAAUUGAGAAAAAUGGUAAAACGAAUGAAGACAAUUGCGAAUUGGGUGAUAUGUUGGAAUCAGCUGCCAUGAUUUUGGUGCAGUCCUACAAAGAGCUGGGGAGGACAUCAGAAAUACUGAAGCAGUUGAAAAUGCUAUUUGGUUCAGUCACUGCUAUUCCUGCCCAAGUUUUCCUUACUGGGGUGUGUCUCCAGAUACCAGAUGGCCCUUCUGCUGAAGUUCAAGAAAUUCUAGAGGAAUUCCUUUCGAAGUGGAGAUAUGUUGAUGGAAAGUAUUAUUCUGUUGCAAGCAUUGAAGAAUUUAGCAAUCAGAUUUCCCUUGGAGUUGAUAAGUACCUGGAAAUUAUUGAGCUCUAUGUGAUAACCUUUUUGGGGAGGAUUCUAGGAAAUUUGGAUCUUGCUAUCUCUUGGGUUGAGAAAUUCCCUCUACCUGAGGAGAAGAGGCAGGAUCUUUUGAGGCAGUUGUACUCCAUGAAUACUUUAAAGCUGGUCAGCUCUUCGCAGUCCUCAGCAUUACCGCUCCAAAUAGAUGAAUGCACAACUGAUUCCACUUCCCUGAUUGAAGAAAAAUCAUGCAAUGGAACAGCAAAUAUUUUGGAACACAGAGACCAGUCUAAGGGAGAGAACACCAUGAAACAAUCAAUUCUGGAGUUCUCUAGACGGAGAACUCCAUUGUGGUGGUUUCGUACAGUCACUUUGAAGUUUGGAAGUAGUCGCUUGGUCUUAUCAAAUGAAAGUAUCUUUCUUGGGUUUUUGGCGGCACUUGUUUACUAUACCGUGCGGAGAAAACAAGCCUCUUUAUGGAGUGUUCUUAAGAGACAAGCGUCAUCUACGAAGAAGGCUUUGGUUGACUUCUGGCAACUUGCAUUCUCUUAUCAAGUGAACCCUCUUGCUGCUGUUCAACCACUCCCGCCUGCAACACGUGGAAGCCGGUGAUGCACAAUUUUGUUCCUCAUAGUUGCUCAAAACCAGAGCUGUUGUAGAUAAAUAAAAGAUCACUGAAGAUAUUGCUACUAUCAUCUUAAGUUGGAGUAGAACAUCCAGAAAUACAAUAAAGCUUACUUCAAGAUCGCAUUCUUUGCCAAUAGAGUGCUGCUUUCAUAACUUUGUCUUGCCUUUUUUCUGUGGUAUUAACUUAAUUCUCUUAGCAAAGAGGGGAUCUCAGAUUUCUCAAUGUUAAAUUUUAUGCAGUGGUAGUGUGGUACCAUUCAUUUUAUGUCUAGUUUUUAACUAUAUAACUUCACUCCUU